AUGACGGACGCAGCAGCAGCACCCAAAGUCUCAUCCAGUGAAAAGACCACAAAAACCAGCAACUCCAAUACAAGCAAUACCAGUGACAGUGGUAAAAACAGCAACUUGGGAGCAGCAUGUUUUCGUUGCAGAGGGUUCAGACAUGCAUGCGACCGUAAAAAGCCAACAUGCACUCGUUGUCAAAAGCGAGGUAUCACUUGCACGUAUCCUGAAGCGGCACCGACAUUGAAGAAGCUGCAAAAGGCAACCGAGACAUUGGGUGAUCGUAUACGCAAGUUUGGUGAUCGACUCAAGUCAGCCGAAGGGAUGCCAAAGGAAUUCAAGGCCAUAUCGCUACAACGACUUGCACAACAAAACCGCUCUUCCACAUCGACGACGACGAAUGGUGACAAUAAUGACAAUAGCAGUAGUCCAGCAUUAGAGCAGCAGGAGGAAGAUACACGAUCCUUGGCAUCAUCAUCAUCAGCAGUAUCCGAGGUCGAUGCAGCAACAACAACCAGCAGCACGGAUGAUAAGGAAGGAAUAGCAUCAACAAGUAGUUUUUCAGUCUAUCCAUGCAGCAAAUGUUACAAGGAUCUUCAACAAUGUGAUUUAUCAUUACCCAAAUGCAGUCGAUGUGAAUCCAAUGACUUUGAAUGUGUGUACCUGAAAACCGAGCCAAAGGCUAGCCACGUGUCUCAAGUACUUACAAGUAUGAACAAGGUGAUGGAUCAAUGGCAAGAAUCGAUCGAUCGUAUGGCUCGCGACUUUGCACAAAAGACGCGCGAUUUUUCACAACGUACCAACAAUGCAUUCAAAAUGAAGCCAUUGCAACCCUUUGCUUGGAAGAUCACAUCGACGGGUCGCGGACUCUCGGUCGAAAGCAACGUCAACUCAUACAAUGAUCUUUCAAAAUUGGUGGAUCAAUUCAAACGCACCAUGCAUAUUACACCACCUCCAGCAUCAGCAGCAGCAAGUAUUUUAUCUGAUAAUGCAUCAUCGAGUCGAGAAUCGUUGAAUGAGGAACGACAAAGAAUUGCGCAAUCGGUGGAAUUGGAUGAUACGAGCUCGAUUCAUACAUCAUCUGGAUUUUCAUUUGCAGUGUGGAGCACGUUAUCUCAACAGCCAACGCCCUUAGCACAAGAUUACCCGAUUGAUAUUUCGGAUGAACUCACCGACAACCUUGUUGAUUUAUAUUGCCGAUCACCCUGCUGCUCAGCCAUUCGCUUACCUAUCAUCAGCCCAACCGAGUUUCUUGAUCGGUAUCGGGAUCCGCUAAACAGGCCAUCCAAAACCUUGAUCUAUGCGGUGUGUGCCAUGGCUGCACGUAAUGCAUUUCAGCUUCACGUAUGGAGUAAGCGCUCCCCAUUGACAUCCUCCGAUCCAGUGACAGCACAGUAUAAUAUGGGGAGAGCCCUUUCCAUCGCUUAUUGCUUGAAGGCACGCGAGCUACUCUCGGAAUGCUUUGAUGAUGCUUCAUUGGACAAUUGCAAGGCUGCUGUUCUUUUAUCCUAUUGCACGUAUCAGAAUGGAUACCUCGGGGUGGUUUAUAUCUAUGAAUGGAUUGCAUACAAUAUGGCUCGAGAAUUGGGCUUGUACGACACCAAGCACGCAUUUACGGAUGAGGAAAGCAAGCUCGUAUGGUGCUUGUACUAUUUCAAUACGUGGUAUCGUGUAUUGGAAGGUGGAUCCAGUGCGUCUAUUGAAUCAAGUCAAUUUUAUCCUUGUUGCCCUCUUCCACAACCACCCACCAAACCUGCUGCCAGUACCGAUUUUAUGCAGAUCGAUGGUGCGCCUUCUUCUUCCUCUUCACCUGAUGAACUUGUGGAUUAUUACGUAUGGAGUACAUGGUACUACAUGAUCAAGUUGCAACUUUUACGACACGAGGUCAUGACGAGGCUCGUAGAAGCUCAAGGGGUGGGUGGUGGUCAUGAUCCCAACUUGUCACUUGAUCUACUUGGUAUGCGAGAUCAAUUGGAACAAUUCCACAACGAGCUUCCAGAUGAGUGGCGUAAUCCAGAGGUAUCUUCACCCUUCAUGGCGCGAUCCUCAUGUUGUGGAUCAUCGACGCAUAGCACGCCUACGAAUGAUCCCAUGCAAGAAGACGUGAAUUAUCAUCUUGAUAUCCAGGCAUUUGCACGAUCAUGCAUCCUCAAUGUCCACAUUUAUUACAACAUCAACAAGAUCCUCCUCUAUCAAGUCUUUUUCCCAUCCGAUCAUAUUCCACGUGCACCCUUCUCAGUACAAUGCUUGUAUACAUGUAUCGAUGCAGCUUACACCAUCACUCAAACACUCGAAGCCAUGGUCUAUCAACAAGAUGAAUGCAAUGUCCCGCUUCUUGCCUUUUUGUUUGCCAACAUUGUCUAUGUCAAGUUACUCAAUUAUGAAGAUUUGCAGUGCCAAGAUUUUGCUAAACGUUGUCUUCAACUUUCCGUGGACAUUGCCAAAGUAUCAACAACCUAUAUGCAUGAUUUUGAACGGUCAAAGACACUGGUCAAUGUGAUGGAACAAGAUGUCUAUGGUUUAUGUGGUUGGCCUUCCUCUUCCUUUUUGCAUGGUUUGCCACCAUCUUCUUCACAGCAACAACAACAACAACUCCCUCUUCAUUUGGCACGCACAAGCAGCGUCGAUUCGACAUCGGAUGCUUGGUCCAUGUGGUCAACACGCACUUCAAUGUCUUCUCCAUCCUACGUAUCUCAAUACACCCCUAGUGGCGUGCUACCCGAAGAACACGACGAGAUGCUCUAUACUACUAUUAAUUCAUGA